AUGAAAGAAAUAUCAAGUUCUCCUAUAUCACAACAAGAUCAUGACUUUAUUUGUCCAAUUACACUGGAUGUUUGUCGAGAACCUGUUCUUGCUUCAGAUGGUUAUGUUUAUGAGCGAGCUGCUAUUAUUCAAUGGAUUGAACAACAAGGAACUAGUCCUUUAACACGUCUACCUUUGAAUGUCAAAGAUCUUCGUUCAAAAGAUCAUAUUAAACAAUUAUGUCAAUCUAAUUCAUUAAUAUAUUCAUGUGAAAAUAGUAUAGUAUCAAUAUCAUCUUUAUCAAUGACUCAAUUAGAAGGACCUACUAACCGAUCGAUAGCUUGUAAACAAUACUGCAAUGUCAAACGUAUACUGCUGAUGACUAUAGCUACUAUUCUUAUUAUCAGUCCUCUCAUAACUGCAACAAUCGUGAUAUUAUUUAUUCUUCGAUCUAAUUCGAUCUCUGAAAUUUCUACUUCUGUCGAAUAUCCUAAUCAUCAUAUUCAUUCCUUGACAACUUAUAAAUUACCAAAUAAUUGCAUUCUAUCAAAGUUUGUUCUAUUGUUCUCUUGGAAUGAUAUAGAAAGUUUUAAUUAUACGUAUUAUUCGAAAUUAUAUAAGGCUGUUUCUACACGAACAAUUAUAACUUUUGUUUUUCGACAUAAUCCAUCCGAUUGGUGUCUUGAUGAUGUGUCGGUUAAGGAUAUAUCUUCAAACGUAGAACUUGUGACAAAUGGACAUUUCGAAAAUAAUCCACCGGAUGGAUUUAUUCGCUGUAACUCAUAUGGAUAUAGUUCUAUAUCAUCAUUUUUAACUUCAACACAUACCUACAAUGGCAAACGUUCAUUUUGUGAUGGUUCUCUAGAUCUACCUGAUUGCCUUAGUCAAAUACUUAAUACAAAAAUUGGACAACUAUAUCGUAUAACAUUUUGGCUACAAAAUCUCGGUGAUAAACCAAAUAGUGCUCAAGUUGUAAUUAGUAAUUAA